UAAGUGGGAUUAUUGUGGACCUAUAUGUAUAUAUAUAUAGAUAGAUAAGCCAGGAUAUUGAAGUCUUAAAGAAGUAAUCUAGUAACAAGUAACAAAAUGCUGGACAAAUACUACGGGAUACGUUCGUUUGAUUUUCAUACUUACUGGAAUAAUAAUAACCCGAAAGAUCGUGAGUUUGCUUACGAAUUGAGAGAAAAGGUUCAGAAGGAGUUUGCCAAAGAGAUUGAGAAUGGACAGGUAAGAGUCCAUAAAUUCUGGGAUACUCCAGUUGGACCUCAUCCUUUGAAUAUGUGGGAAAUUGAUACCGGAGGAGACGGCAAGUUUGAUGCAGAUAUUUACACUAGGUUAAUUGGUUUUUAUAUUCUUAAUCACGGUCAUUUAUCAGUGUUGAUCCAUCCAAGAACCCAUAGAGGUGAUAUGGCUGAUCAUACUACUCAUGCUCUUUGGCUCGGGCAUAAAGUACGUUUAGACACUUCAUAUUUAAUUGAUUAACUUCUGACCCCUCUCCAGAUACUUAUUUAUAUGUUUAACCAAGCUUCCUGAUUCAGCCAAUUUUACUGUAGUAUUCCCGUUUACUAACUAGACGAAACCGACCAUCAUUUGUAGUAUUUUGUCGGCUGAAAAUAAACAAAUGAACAUACAUAAAAACACCUACGGAACAAGGCUUUGUAUUUACCAAACCUUUCGUUUAAUAAAGAUAUGAUUCAUAACAAAACCUCAGCUUUCCGUUAUCGAAGUUUAACUCCCAAAGCACUGUAAGUUUGUCUUGUCAUAAUAUUGUU